AUGUCAGACCCCAUCCAGGAUCUCAGGAGGCUCAACGAAUUGUGUCAUGGCUGGCUGCGGCCAGACCUGAACACUAAGGAGGAGAUCCUGCAGCAGCUGGUGUUGGAGCAGUUCAUGCUGUCCAUGCCCCUGGAAUUGCAGGUCUUGGUAAGGGAGAGCGGGGUGAAGAGCUGCAAGGAGCUAGAGGAGAUACUGAGGAACAACCAGAGACCCCAGACAUGGUCCGUCAUCAUCUUAGAGGGAGAGCCAUUCUUAGUUCGGAAUGCAGAUGUCGAGGCGGCCAAAGCCAAGGCCUUUGAGUGGGGUGGUGUGACAGAGCUGCCCCACACGCCCCAGGAAAACCCACAGCUGCUGCAUAAGCUUCCAGAGGUGGACGAGCCAGCCACUGACCAGAUAGAAGAAAUUCUGCUAGACACCAUUGCUGAGAAAGAAGCCCUGGGGUAUCCAAGACCUGAGCAGAUCUUAGAGGAGGACCUGAUAGAAGACAGGCAAGAGGCAGUAGUGCCUGCAGUCCAGGAGCCUCAGCUUCCACAGGGUCCUGGAGAUUCUGUGAUGAUGAAGGAAGAGGAGCUCUUCUCCCAGGAAGAAAUGGGUGUGGAGAGUAGCACAUCCCUCUACAUUCCAGAGCGAGAAGACACAGCUGAGAAUGAAGUGCUUGUGAGUCUUAGAAGUGUCCAAGAAAGCAAACCGGACAGCUCUCCUUCUCAAGGAGGGGCCGUGUAUUUAGACAACAUAGAAUUUUCUGGAAAAGCCAGGCUAGAGUCUGCAAAGCCUCUAAGCCCUGUAGCUGAUCCUCCUGGCCAAGCAGCUGCGACACAACCCCUCGUGUGUGGUGUGUGUGAGAAGCGCUUUGUUUAUAAAUCUCAGUUUAUCAUCCACCAGCGCACACACACAGGAGAGAGACCGUUUCAGUGUAAUUUCUGCAAGAAGGGCUUCUUGCAGACCUCAGACCUCCGGGUGCACCAGCGCAUCCACACGGGCGAGAGGCCCUACAAGUGCAAGAUCUGCUACAAGACGUUUGCCCACAAGUCCACCCUCUUCGGCCACAAGAGGACCCACACGAGGGAGAAGCCGUACGAAUGUGAGCACUGUAGCAAACAUUUCAGUCACAAGGGGAACCUCAAUGUCCACCUCCGCAUCCACACCAACUCCAGACCCUACGUGUGUAAGGCGUGCGGCGGAAAGUUCCGUCAGCAGGGAACCUUCAAACGGCAUGUGCAGAUACAUUCAAAAAUGGCUUCUUGGGAUGGAGAAGCGGCUUAG